CCUCGGCCGAGUUCGCCGAGCGCCUCGAGUUCAUCCAGCCCCAGGUGCUGUCGGGGAUCCCGGUGUACCGGGUGAUGGACCGGCAGGGACAGGUGAUACGGAAAUCCGAGGAUCCUCAGCUGCCCAAGGAGCAGGUGCUGAAGCUCUACAAGACGAUGACGCUGCUCAACACCAUGGACAGGAUCCUGUACGAGUCCCAGCGACAGGUGAGCCUCACCUGGGCGCACCUGGGGCACUCACCUGGG